UGUCCAGGAUGUCGGCCAUGAAAACAAUCAAGUUGUUCGAAGAUGUAGACUUCAAGGGUGGGGAACGUACUUUCCUCUGUGCAGGACCUUACCGCGACAUUCCGUCUGUGGAAGCCAGCAAAUGUUCGUCCAUCGUGGUAGAGUCGGGAACCUGGAUCCUGUAUGAGGAUAAGGACUACAUGGGGAAGACAUACGUCCUGACCAAGGGGCAGUACUCCAACCCGGCUAAAUGGACAGGUGACCGAGACACCAUCUCGUGCCUCCGGUGUGUUGCUGACGACACCCUGACUCUGUUCGAACACAGCAACUUUAACGGCAGGGCCUGUACCCUAACCGGGCAGGCGCCCAACCUGAAACGUGUGCGCUUCAACGACAAGGCUUCGUCAGCUAUUGUCACUGGAAAGUCGAGCUGGCAAGUGUGUGAAGAUGAAGAUUAUGGCGGGCGGAAGUGGGACCUGAAGCCGGGAAACUACCCGGACCCAGCCGGUAUGGGCGGACACGACAUCCUGUCGUCUGCACGGCCGUGUCAGGAGAACCCCGGCAUUCAGCUGUUCGAACAUGCUGACUUCAAGGGGCAGAGCGUGUCGUGUGGGCACACUGGGGCUCUCGUGGAAGUUGGCUGGCUAGGCGGAGACUUCAACAACAAGUGCUCGUCCAUCAUGGUGCAGCAGGGCACGUGGGUUGUGUACGAGCACAUGAACUUCCGCGGCAAGGCGCACGUUCUCAAACCAGGAGACUACUCCGACUGUGCAAAAUGGGGAGGAGAAGAAGACACCAUCACCUCUGUCCGUGGUGUACCUGAUAACGCCUUGGUCCUGUUCGGAGACGCUGACUUCUCCAACUACGCCGCACUGCCUCUGGUAGAGGGUCACGGCAACUUCGCAGACCUGGGGUUUGACGACAAAGCCUCCUCGGCCAUUGUUACUGGCGGAGACUGGGAAGUGUAUGAAGACCCAUCUUACGGAGGGAAGCAGUGGAAGCUCAGCCCAGGCCACUACAACAACCUCGCUACCCUGGGCUGUAACGAUAAACUCAGCUCAGCUAAACGUCUUUAAUGUAUUCCAUAGAACCACGCAAAUGAGUUAUUACGUAUAUGCGGCGUGUUGGUAACGGUGGUAAGGGUUUCCAGAUUUCAGAACGUGUCAUUCCAAGGUGCAAAAUUAGGAAUAUAAGCUAGAACGAUGUUAUAGAUGAUACAUAGACCCAAUGGGAGAUAAUUCCAUUUUUCUUAGAACUCUGGCGUAGGCGGUUAGGAAACAUAUCUAAGGAGAGCAUUAGAACCCAUGUAACAGAGUAGGGUUGAGUUGAGUUGAGUUUGGAGAGAGAGAGAAUACAGACGUCUUCCAUGUAGUUGGAGAACAGGCGGAAAGCAAUGCGCGCGCGGAUGUCAUCGAUAAAAUUAAGUCAGUGUGGCCUUACAGACAUUUUAUACUAGAAGCUUUGUAACAGUGAGGGCAAUGCGCAAAGAUCCUGUGUGAGAUUUUGGUUUCCAUGCUCUGUAUCAUAAACCCAGAGCCAAACCAGC